AUAUUGUAUACACAGAAAAUUGAAAUUCUUAUUGGUCGAUUCUAUAAUUAUUCAAAAAAACGAUCUAUUUUGUAUUAACACACAAUCACUUUCAACUUGAGAACGGGCGUGCAUUGUUGGUAAUCAUGGCUGUUCGAGUAUUAUUAAAAAACUGUGCAUCUAUGCGAUAUUUUUUUCAUAAGCAUAAUGUAGCUCAAAAUAGAAUUAAAACUUUAAAGAACUUUGGUACUGGUAUUUUUACUAGUAUCAUAGUUUACAGCAUUUCAAAUAUGACAGUUUUUGCAGCUCAAAAUGAAUUAAAUAUUAAGCAAUUCAUGGCAGAACCAAUUACUGAUAUUAAUGAACUGAAGAAGAAAAAUGAUAUGAGGAAAAAGAUGGAAUUAUUAGUAAUGAAAACUCAGGGAGAUUUUUGUAAAGCUUUAGAAGCUUUAGAAGAUCCAAAUUGUCAUUUUAGAGUUGAUAGAUGGUUUAGAAAAGAAGGUGGUGGAGGAAUUAGUUGUGUUUUAGAGGAUGGAGUUGUUUUUGAAAAAGCUGGUGUAAAUGUAUCUGUUGUUACUGGUGAAUUGUCACCAGCUGCAGUACAACAAAUGAGAGCACGUGGAAAGAAAAUGCAACAAGAAUCUGUGCCAUUCUUUGCAGCUGGGGUUAGCGCAGUUAUUCAUCCACGCAAUCCUAUGGUUCCAACCAUACAUUUCAAUUACCGCUACUUUGAAGUACAAAAUGAAGAUGGUUCAAUUCAAUGGUGGUUUGGAGGUGGCACUGAUCUCACACCUUAUUAUCUAAAUGAAGAUGAUGUAAAACAUUUUCAUGGUACUUUAAAAGAUGCAUGUGAUAAACAUGAUCCAUCUUAUUACCCAAAAUAUAAAAAAUGGUGUGAUAAAUACUUUUUCAUUAAUCACAGAGGAGAAUGUAGAGGAGUAGGUGGCAUCUUUUUUGAUGAUGUUGAUACCCCAAGUCAAGAUGAAGCAUUUCAAUUUGUAAAAUCUUGUGCAGAAGCUGUCAUUCCUUCUUACAUUCCCUUAGUUGAAAGGCAUAAAAAUGAUGGGUAUGGCUAUGCUGAAAGACAAUGGCAAUUAUUACGUAGAGGAAGAUAUGUUGAAUUUAAUUUAAUAUACGAUCGUGGUACAAAGUUUGGUUUAUAUACUCCUGGUGCACGAUAUGAAAGUAUAUUAAUGUCUUUACCUUUAUCUGCAAAGUGGCAAUAUAUGCAUGAUCCAGAACCUGAUUCAAAGGAAGCAAAACUUCUUGAAAUAUUAAAAAAUCCCAAGGAUUGGUUGAACUAAUAAAAAGUGAUGCUUCAUUAGCCACUAAAAUGAUCAUUUUAUCAAUCUUGAGAAUUAAAAUGAUUAUAAUUUAUUGGAUUGAUGAAUUUAUUUGCCCUCUCUAUUUUUUACAUUUACUUAAAAAGAAAAUAAAUCAGGUAUUAAAAUACAGGAUACAAACAUAUUAAAGGGAUUAAAUGUAUAAACUGUAUGUCAUCCUAUGUACAAAACUUCAUCUAAUAUUGAUCUCACAUUUUAUAAAGUACAUACAUUUUAUAAAAAAAUUAUUCAUAAACCCUAUAAACAUAAACAAAACAUUUUAUAAAAAUGUGAUGUUCUUAUAUAAUACAACUAUACGUGGUGUAGAUGUUCAUAAAUGUAUGAUCUUUGAAUAGUGUUUCAAAUGUAUAAAGUAAAUAUUAAUUGUAUAAUAAAUUUAAUAUAAUUUUGGUUUAUGUAAUAAAAUAUUCAGUCUUAGAAAAAAUGUACUUCACAGUUCCAAAAGAAAUAUUAAAGUAUUAUGAAAAGUGUUAUUAAAAAAGAAAUAUAAUAUCAUAUUUUGUACAUUAUAUAGACAGUGAUUACAAAUUACUAUUACUAAAAAAUAAUAUUAGAUUUAUUAUACAGAAAACUGAUAAGAACAAUGAAAAAUUAUGAAUAAAGAUAUUGUUAAUGAAA